AUGUCUCAAUCUUUGGCACCUCGGCCGUCGCGGGGCUCAACCAGCUCGAGUGGUUCGCGAGAUUUGGCAAGUCCCCAGCGACCUCGAAAAAUCUCCACAGCGUGCGGCGCCUGUAAACAGAGAAAGACAAGAUGCAACGGCAGUAACCCAUGCGACGCAUGUGCCACGAGAAGGAGUCCCUGUAUCUACGACGCAUCUUCCGACCAGCGCAGGAAGAUUGCCAACCAGCGCAAUGUCCAGGAUCUGGCAGACGCCAUUGUCCAGCUCGAACGGCACAAACAACUGCUCGGAGGUAUCAUUGCCACCAUCAGAGCGGGUGACGCCGAUGCCAACAACGAUCUUUUCCGCGUCAUACGGUCGCGCGUCGACCUAUCGCAACUUGCAGCGCACGUGAGAAACGAAUGCCGCGCGAAUCUGGCCAUUCAGCAGGUCUAUGAACAGAUCGAUUUCGUUAUCGACGGGCCCCGAGAUCUACCAUCGCCCGACCAGAUCCUUGGCGAUAUGGCUCCUCCUGCCGACUUCACUCACCGCAAGUGGCAGGAAGCGGCGUCAACGAGCGAAACAGUACGCAAAAUAGGUUGA